AUGCCUGCAUAUCAAGGCGAUGACUUGGCGAUUGUUAUUCGGGUGCAUCGAGUAUUUUGGAGUUAUUAUCCCUGCAUUAGAGCAUUCCGACAUUGUAAGCCAAUGGUACAGGUGGAUGGGACUCACUUGUACGGAAAGUAUAAGAGUUGUCUGUUAGUGGUAGUUUCACAGAAUGGCAACAACAAUAUCAUCCCAAUUGCAUUUGCUCUUGUGGAGGGAGAGACUUCUGAUGCGUGGCACUUUUUCCUUAGUAACCUGCGGCAACAUGUUGUCACUCGGGAUGGUGUGGGGCUGAUAUCCGACCGAUAUGAAUCCAUCAAUGCAACUGUGGCACGCAGUAAUGGACUUUGGUCACCUCCCAGAGCUUUUCACAUGUUUUGCAUAAGGCAUAUAGAGUCGAAUUUUCUGAGAAAGUUCAAGGCACCGUACCUACGAAAACUGGUUAUUCGCAAACAGUACACGAGUACGAAGUGCGUUACCAGCGUUUUACGAGAACGGGAUAAGACUUACACUAACUGGUUAAACCGAAUUUUCCACAAACAGUAUGCGUUGGCAUUUGAUGAUGGCUACCGAUGGGGCCACAUGACGACGAACCUAGUGGAGCGCGUUAACUCAAUGUUGAAGGGUGCACGCAAUCUUCCCAUCACUGCUCUUGUCAAGGCAACAUUCUACAGGCUUAACGAGUUGUUUACCCAAAAAAGAGCCGAGGCAAAAGCAUGGAUUAAUGCUGCCAUGUUUUUUUUGGGCUCGUGA